GAGGGAAAGAGGAGGUGGGCAGAGAGGGUGGAGAGAUGGCGGGAGACGCCAUGUCUCCUUCUUGCUUUUUCCCUCUUCUUCUCGGAAAGGCCCUGCCGAAGACUCAACCUUAGCGUUCCUAGGAACUCGGUCCAGGUACAGUUUGAUCAGAAGAGCAGUUAGUGGACUUGAGAUCAAACCCAUAAAUAAUGGGCGGUUGCUGUUUCUCUUCUAAAAGUGUUGCAUUGGAUGGAGGGCAACAAGGAUCUCAGAAUGUUCGUUACCCACAUGCUUCGUUGGAUCAUGAACCUUUUUCACUACAUGGAAUCUCAGUAGAAUCUACUGAUGUGUUGGUUGAUACAAAUCUUGGAACAAAUACACAAUUACUUCCAUCAGCUGAAACACUAGAUGUAGGACUUGUACACAUACCACAUGAUGCUGUGGAUACAUCUGAUAAGACAUCUCCAGUUCAAAUAGCAGAUGCUCAACCAAUUGAAGAUACUCUUAGUGGAAUGCGUGAGGAUCUGAAGAGAUCAGAUGUCAAGAUCUUAGAUGACCCUUUGUCUGGACCACCAGUGGAUGAAAAGAACUCCAAGUUAGAUGGACCUUUUCCUUUGGUUAACGAUGAAGAGGAUGUCUGCCCUAUUUGUCUUGAAGAAUAUGACAAGGAGAAUCCGAGAGUAGUAUCCAAUUGUGGGCAUCAUUUUCAUCUUUCAUGCAUUCUAGAAUGGAUGGAAAGGAGUGAUAGCUGUGCAGUGUGCAAUCAGGCUAUGUUAUUCAAUGAAGAAGACUACUUCUAGCAGUUCUUAUUAGUAGAGUAAGAAGAAGAAAGGCCGAUAUUUCAGCCGGAGGUACAUACAUGAUGGUGCCUGUGAUUCUGAUUCUUCCUGAGGUUUUUCUUUUGAGCUUGAAAGGGGCUUCUAGUUUUACUGGUAGUAAUAGUAUGUCUUCAUUCUCAAGACAGUUACAUUCAGCCUGUCAUCUAUAGAGUAGUUUUCCCUCGUAGCUUCCUUUGUCUGUUACUGCUCAGAACUGCGGCUUGCUCACCUGCUGAUGAAGGCAGAGCACAUUCAGAGUUGGUUGCUGGAAGCUGAGAUUGUAUAUGCAUCAUUUGUUUAAUCUUUCUCUCUGUUAGUCUCUCUGUAUAGCUGCUUGUGAACAGAAUCAUCAUUCUACGGCAUUAGUUUUGUAAAUUGUUCAGUUUUGUUGCCAUUCCAUUGCUGUAGAGAAAUGUAAGCGUUCUUUUCUUUUC